AAGAAAGCGCGACAUUCCUGGACUUAGGGGGUCACCCUCACGUGUGUAGCUUUUCGGUGUGAGGGGCAUCGCUCGUAAUCAUGGGGCAAAAGAAGAGGUUUAGAAACAUUGCCGAGAUGGCCCGAAAAAUCCGAGCCUACCGGGAGCUGAAGAACCGACCGCGGGAGUCCCAGCGUUAUGCUUUGGACUAUGAGACCUUGACCCGGCCUUUUACUGGUAAACGAAUGCCCGUCCUAGCUUGGGAGGAUAUAAAGCAUGAGAAGCGGCUCUUCACUCUGCUUGCUGGCCUGAGAUCAUUUGGAAUUGGAAGGAUGGUGACCAAGAAGUCUUGGCUGGAGAAGUACGAUGAACCUUGCUACUGGACUAUUACUAAAGUCAAAGUGGAUUACACAGCUGAGAACAUGGACCAUGGGCAAGCUUGGGGUCACUUAACAUAUAGAGGUAAAACAGAACCUGAAGAGCAUGAGAUCAGCAAAGUCAUGUACCAUGACUGGCGUCUUAUACCACGGCAUGAAGAAGAGACCUUCAAGGAUUUUAUCCCUCUGCCGGAACCAGAACCCAUUCGCUAUGUGCCAUACCCACCCCUUCUAAGGGCUAUUAUUCUGGCUCAGAUGCAGAAAGAAGGAAAGCCUUUAAUAGAGCCCAUGCUGGACAUUGGGAGGUUCCUUACAAAUGAGCGUGAGCUCGAAAAUGAGCUAAAAGUAAGAAGAGCCAAACUGGGGACACCUGUGUGAUGAGGGCCCAGUCCUCCACUACUGCCUAGAAACAC